AUGGCUGUUUCCGUUGGAGCGGCCAUUGUGACAGAAUGCCCACGCUUCGACGGGGAAAAUGCGACACAUAUUCCCCACGAGUCAGAUUGUCAUAAAUUUUACAAGUGUCUUAGCGGGGAAAAAUACGAGAUUCCCUGUCCAUCGUACAAUGGUGGAACACUAAAAUUGUGUUACAACCCGGAGUUGCAAGUCUGCGAUUGGCCGCAAAACGUUACCUGCUGCAACCCAGAUCUUACAUCACCCAUAACGCCGACAUCCUCAACGACAUCCCCAUCGACAUCCACCACGACAUCCACCACGACAUCCACCACGACAUCCCCACCGACAUCCACCACGACAUCCACCACGACAUCCACCACGACAUCCACCACGACAUCUCCACCGACAUCUCCAGGAUCAUACGACUGUCCAUCAACUGGUAGGACGAACAUACCCCAUGAAAACCUAUGCAGGCUGUAUUACGAGUGUGAUAAUGGGGUGCAGCAAUUACAUUGCUGUAAAGUGAAUUUAGUUUUCAAUCGCAUAAUCAGAGCAUGCGACUAUAAGGAAAAUGUAAAGGAUUGUACGCCUGUCGGCAUUGAGGAAUGUCCAUUUACGACCGAAUAA